AACACAUUUCUAGAGGUGUAUACAAGGCAAAGAUUUCUAAAAAUGGUCUAGAUGUUAUUGUUAAAUUUUCUAGAAGGUACAAUGCUGAUGCUCACAGAUUGUGUGCUGCUAUGGGAUUUGCACCAAAAUUGUUACAUGUUGAUACAGAAAAGAUGCAAGAAUGGAUAAUUAUAAUAAUGGAGUAUGCUCAUAAUGCAAAACAAUUGCAAGAUAGUCAUCUUGAUUUGGAACAAAAAAAGCUUAUAUUAAAGGAAAUCAGGGCUGCAAUUGACCUUCUCCAUGAAAACAAUAUUAUUUUGAUGAUCUGGAGUUUCAGACAAAGAUAUCCAUUUUUCAUGAAUUAUGAUAUAACUUGGCCAACUGGUGCUGGAGAUGGAGAAAUUUUAAGAAAAAGUCAUGAUGAAGAAUGGUAUAAACGAUUAGAAAAAUUAUUAAAAAA